UCUCAAUUUUUGGGACAUGGAACAGCUCAGGACCUGUUGCAUCAUAUCAAAGUAAGUGUACAGUAUGCUAGUCUACUAGGCUAGCAUUUAUCUUUUCAUUUCUUUUAGUCUGUUUGUGUGUGAAUAAGUGUGGGUUAACAUUUAGCAAGUAUUGGUGGUGCAAUUUCAUAAAUUAAUUUACUGCCAUGUCAUUUCACAGGAAUGUGUUGCAAAACUGAAUGUGAGGCAGCUUGUCUCCAUCAGUAUGGAUGGCCCCAAUGUCAAUCUGAAGUUGGGAGACCUUCUUCAGAAGGAGCAUGCAGAGCUGUAUGGAGCUCAACUGGUGAAGACUGGAAGCUGUGGCCUUCACACCCUGCACAAUGCGGUGAAGGCAGGCUUCACUAUGUGGCAGCUGGACAAGCUCCUUCGUGCUCUCCACUUCCUCUUCCACAAUGUUCCAGCUCGGAGGGAGGACUUCACUGCCUUGACUGGGUCCACCGCCUUUCCGCUGCCGUUCUGUGGCCACAGAUGGGUGGAAAAUCUCCCUGUAGCUGAGAGGGCAACUCAAGUAUGGCCAAUGAUUUUGAAGUAUGUGGAUGCUGUGAAGCAAAAGAAGCUCCCCAACCCGGGCACUGCCUCCUAUGACACCAUUGAGAUGGCACAGGCUGAUCCCUUCAUUGGUGCCAAAUUGGAGUUCUUUCUGGCCAUAACCAGGACCUUCAACCCCUUCCUGACAAAGUAUCAAACUGAUGAACCAGUUUUGCCCUUUUUGGCCAAAGAUUUGAGUGAGCUGAUAAAGAGUCUACUGAGGCGAUUUGUGAAGAGGGAGCUCCUGCAGGACCUCACUCCCCUGCAGCUGACGAAAGUAGAGGUGACCGAUGAGGCAAACUGGGUCUCUGUCACAAAUGUUGAUAUUGGCCUGGGUGCCGAAUCUGUCAUAAAGGCACUUCAGGGCAAGCCAGGAAACAGGAUAGGGGAGCUUUCUGUGCUCGUCUUCCGAAAAGAGUGUGUGCAGGGCCUGGUUACCAUCGUUAAGAAACUGCAAGAGAAAAGCCCUUUGAAGUUUCCAGUGGUCAGGGCCAUCGCAUGUUUGGAUCCAACAAGCAUGCACAGGGAUCCAGAGUGGUGCCUCACAAAGAUGAAGACUUUAGUCCAGAAAUUCCUGCAGGACAGUCAGUUGACAGGAGGUGUCUCAGCUGGUGAUGUGAUCGUCCAGCAGUUUGAGAGCUUUCUCAGUGUUGAGGCGAGAGAUGAGCGUUUCCUCUCCUUUCAGCCACUGCAGCAGCGGGUUGAUGUGUUCCUGCACUCAGCUCUCCAGUCUUACCCCGAAGUGUCAAAAUUCUGUCAAGUCCUUCUGCUCCUGUCACAUGGGCAAGCCACAGUGGAGAGAGGAUUCUCAAUCAACAAGCAAGUUGAAACUUGCAACAUUCUUGAAGAUUCGAUUGAGGCUCUAAGGUUGAUAUGCGACAAGGUCAGUGUUUGUGGGGGUGUUUUGAAUGUUCCUCUGACCAAAGAGCUGCUGGCUUCAGUAGCUUCCGCCAGGUCAAGAUACAGACUACACCUUGAGCAACAACGUCUUCAAAAAGAAAACGCCACACAGUCACUGAAAAGAAAAGCAGCUGAAGAUGAAGUCGAAGAUCUGAAGAAAAAGAUCAAAAUCCUCCAUGAAGUGUGCAACACACUUCAAAUUGAUGCAGACCGUCUUGCUGAGCAGGCAGAAGGAAAAUCUGGGUCAUUAAUGGCCCAACUUAUCACCAAGUCCAACACCUUGCGACGAAGGCACAAAGAAAAGCUCAGAGAGCUGAUGGAUGCAGAGAAGCUGAUGGAAAGCAAAUCGCACAAUCUCAGGCACAUGUCUUAAAUUGUGAUCAUGAUGUAAUAAGUUAAA